UUGAAGUCUUUGACAUAUGUCAAAUGGUUUUGCCAAAAUUCCUUUUGCAGAUCUGUAGUGGAUUGUACGCCUCGCCGUCCUAAAGUUAUUCACUUUUACCACGAAUAAAGGACGCAAAGCAGCAAAAUGAAACCGUUGGUGCUGCAGGGACACCAGCGUUCCAUUACGCAAAUAAAGUACAACCGCGAAGGAGAUUUGAUUUUCUCGUCCGCUAAGGACAGUAAGCCGAGCGUUUGGUACUCGUUGAACGGCGAACGUCUCGGUACGUUCAAUGGGCACAUCGGUGCUGUCUGGUGUGUUGACGUGGAUUGGACAUCAACCAGGUUGAUCACUGGCGCUGGAGAUAUGAACACAUUCUUGUGGGAUGUGGAAACCGGAACGUCCCUAGGAAAGAUUCCAUGCAACUCAUCGGUGCGUACUUGCAACUUCAGCUACUCUGGCAACCAAGCCUCUUACUCAACCGAUAGGGCUAUGAGCCAUCCGUGCGAGCUGUUCAUUAUUGACGUGCGGAACAUCGACUCGAGCAUCAGCACCGCCGACCCAGUAUUGAAGCUGACGAUGAGCGAACAGCAGAGCAAGAUCACUUCGAUGCUCUGGGGAGCGCUGGACGAAACAGUGAUCACCGGGCACGAAAAUGGUUCCCUGCGCAUUUGGGACUUGCGCGCGGUCAAAGAGCUGAACUCGGUCAACGAUCAUACGGCAAGCAUCACCGAUAUGCAGAUGUCCAACGAUGCAACCAUGUUCGUCUCGUCGUCUAAAGACUCCUCGGCCAAACUGUUCGAUUCCGAGUCGCUGAUGAACUUGAAAACAUACAAAACCGAACGACCGGUCAACUCUGCCUGCAUCAGCCCACUUUACGAGCAUGUGGCGCUCGGUGGAGGUCAGGACGCGAUGGAGGUCACCACAACGUCCACGCAGGCAGGAAAAUUCGAUUCGCGAUUCUUCCAUCUUGUGUACGAAGAGGAGUUUGCGCGCGUCAAGGGACACUUUGGUCCGAUCAACAGCAUGGCAUUCCAUCCGGAUGGUAAGAGUUUCGCUACGGGUGGUGAGGACGGUUUCGUGCGUGUGCAAGUGUUUGAUAGUACGUACUAUGAGUUUAUGUUUGAGUAAAACAGCAUCGUGAUCAGCUUAAUAUUGUGAGAGAGAAAAUCAGCGACAAGCUAACGGUGUAAAGACUACAGUGGUGAAAACAGCUGACGAUAAGUGAAGUGAGAAAAAAGCUUCCCGCAGGAAAAAGUAUCAUCAAAAGUUCCAAUGACAAACGUAAUGUGUACUGAAGACGUGUAUCAUACGUUUUGGCGAUGGAAAAUAUACAUUGGUGAUGGUGGGAAACGA